AUGCAUGUUGAUCUCCAGUACCUUGUCAGGGGAUGCAUCAUCAAAUGCAUGUCACUAGCGAUUAUCUUCAUUCAUUUGCUGCUAGCCUGUGCAGUUCUUGCAGUGGCUUUCGAUAUAGUUGAGUUCUCCAUCUUCGCAGCAUUCGCCCCUUGGGUUUUUGCGGCGGCUGUCCACAUUUUCAAGGAGCACUGUGUUGGCCGUACAACAGCCCAGGACAGCAACCCGAGUGACUACCAAAAGGCACGCCUCAAGUGGAAGGCAGAGAUGGGGCACAAGAUCACAAUGUGGUCUUUUACAGCAAUCAUCGCCAUCUUUGGAGGGUUCCUUCAUGGGAAGGCUGAAUCUCUCAAGGCCUGCACCAUAUUAUUCACCUCAGCUUUUAUGUCCGGCUUUGCUCUCACGGUGGCCACCAUCAAGCCAGACUUGACCAGUGUCGGCCUCGCUGCAGCUACCACCGUACUCGAUUGGACUGCGAAGGCAACAUUUGCUGCGGCAAUAUUUGCUAUUAUCAUUGCAGUGGUCCUGGAUAUAUUUUGAAGCCUUGCUACUCCUGCAGUGUCAACCUUCUUCGAUGACGCACUCUGCACUCUGCACUCUCUGCACUCUGCACACCAUGUCCAUGCACCGGAAUAAAAGAAAGGUGAAUGCUUGAAGUCACAUGGUAAGUCAAGAAUCACCAAAUUGUCUAGUUGUAAUCUGGAAAAAAUCAAUGAAUGUGGGAUCAGCUUCUGCGGGUCGAUGCAUGAUUAUAUAUGUUUCCAAGAACAAACUUGCGAUCUAGACCUCUUAUAUAAUUAGAAGAAAAGCUUUAUUUGCAGAGAAGAGCAAAUGGGCACCCAUCGUCAACUGCCUGCUAUGAGCUGAAAUGGUACUAGAGUGGCCUGACGCUAUGUGGAAACUAUAAUGAAAAACCUGUGGGUUCUCAGGUUGACAACUUGAGAUUUUCCUUUCUAAAUAUAUACUGUAAGAAAAUGAAUUAAGAGAACGGUAGAUAAAUUUUGCUGCUAUGUAUGGUGGCAGAUUUUGUGGUAUAUUUCUGGUCCAAAUGCCACUCGGCAUCUUCGUAAUAGGUGAGU